AGAAGAAACAUUGGUGAAUUCUGUAUUGUAUAUGAUUUACUACCCUGUUGUAUUCAUGGUGUUUGUUCUGAACAUUUUUGCCGAUCCACCUCCUAAAGUUACUGACUAUCCAAAACAUGGGAAAAUAUUUCCAGAGCAUCAGGCGUCAUUUAUUUCAAAAGUACUUUUUGGUUGGUUUUUCUAUAUGAUCUGGAAAGGCUUUAAAAAGACUUUAACAACCGCAGACCUUUGGAACUUGAGACCUCAGGAUUCUUCAAGUCAAGUUAUUCAGCGGUUUGAGAAACUAUGGAAUAACGUUCUCCAAAAGAACACGAUAAAAUAUUGUACAAAAAGUAAGACGCACGAGGAACACCUGACGAAGUCGAGGAAACGGCGCCCAGUUUCCGUUGUUGGCGUUAUGUUCAAGGCUUUUUGGGUUCAGUUUCUGGUGGGGGCAAUACUGAAAUUGAUGUCCGACCUCCUAGCAUUCAUUAACCCGUAUAUUUUAUACUUGAUCAUGAAAUUUGUAGCGGACAAGGACUAUAUGUGGAAGGGAUUCGUGUACGCAAUCUGCAUGUUUGUUAUCGCAGAAUUACAGACAAUCGUGUUUCAACACUGCUUAAUGAUGUCGUACUCUGUUGCCUUCAACUGGAAGACAUCCCUUAUGUCCGCAAUUUACAAAAAGGCUCUACGCAUCUCGAACUCGGCACGCCAAAGUAUCUCGGUAGGAGAAGCUGCCAAUUUGAUAGCUGUUGACGCCCAGCGUUUCGUCGACACCGCUCCUUUCAUACACUUUGCUUGGAGUUUCCCCAUCAUUAUCAUCUAUGCGUUCUACUUCUUGUGGCGCAUCUUAGGUUUGGCAGCACUGGCAGGUUUUGCUCUGGUGGUCUUUUUGAUUCCCCUCAACUUUGCUAUAUCAAAUAAAGUGAGGUCUCUGCAGCUGAAGCAGAUGAAGCUAAAAGAUGAAAGAGUCAAACUGGUCAAUGAAGUGCUGUCUGGCAUAAAGGUCCUUAAAAUGUAUGCUUGGGAGGCGAGUUAUGAGAAAUACAUUUUGAAGAUAAGAGAGGAGGAGUUAAGUCUGCUGAGAACUAGAGAGCUAUGGAACGCUUCCACUUCAUUCUUCUGGCUUUGCUCUUCUUUUAUGAUAUCACUUACGACGUUCGGUGUGUUUGUGCUGAUAGACGAUCACAAUGUCCUGACACCUGAGAUAGCCUUCGUGUCCUCAGCUCUCAUCAACGUUAUAAGAUAUCCUAUAUCACAGGGUCCUAUCGUGAUUCAAGGGUUAAUCCAGGUUUUGGUGGCUAUCAAGAGGAUAAACAAGUUUAUGAAUGCUGAUGAACUGGAUUUAUCAUCUGUCUCCCAUGGCAACCACAACAAUGAGCCAAUGGCCGUAGAAUCAGCGUCGUUCUCGUGGAUUUCAUCCAGUCCUGACGUUAGUCCAGUUCUGCGCAACAUCACUCUGAGGGUGCUGCCUGGAAAGUUGGUAGCAGUGGUGGGGGCUGUUGGCUCCGGCAAAUCUUCUCUCGUAUCUGCCUUUCUGGGCGAAAUGAUCAAGAUCUCUGGGCACAUAAACACCCUGGGGAGUAUUGCGUACGUCCCACAGCAAGCCUGGAUUCAGAAUGCCACAGUAAGAGAGAAUAUUGUGUUCGGACACAAAUAUAACGAGAGCUUGUACAACCGAACUGUAGACAACUGCUGCCUCCGCCCAGAUAUAGAAAUAUUUCCUGCUGGAGAUUCCACUGAAAUAGGAGAGAAGGGAAUAAACCUGAGCGGAGGCCAAAAACAUAGGGUGAGUCUGGCUAGAGCAGUGUACCACAAUGCAGACAUCUAUCUGAUGGACGACCCACUCAGCGCUGUCGACCCUCACGUUGGAAAACACAUUUUUGAAAAAGUCAUCGGCCCAGAGGGUCAGCUACAAAUGAAGACUCGUAUCCUGGUGACACACAGUGUGACUUUCCUUCACAAAGUGGAUUUGAUCGUGGUCAUGAAGUCAGGAGAAAUCACAGAGAUGGGAACUUUUAACGAGUUGAUGGCGAAGAAGGGAGGGUUCUCGGAAUUUCUUGUGCAACACAUUUUAGAUAGUGAAGACGAGGAAAAGAUAGAUAAAGGAAAAGUCAAUGAAGAAGAAACCAUGAAGGAAAUCAAGAAGAUUAAAGAACACAUGGCUAUACAGUCAAUAUCUUCCCUAGGCAG